CGAGAUUAAAUAUGACUUGUGUGCGCCAGCCUCAGUGCCUCAGUUUUCUUCUGGGUCAAGUCCUCGUCUGUACACAAUAUUCAUUGCUUUAUGUCUUUAGACUGUUCAUCCAUGAUGUUCAGUUUUUCUUAGUUGUCUGGUAUGCAAUUGUUUAUUUUCUUUCUCUUUACAUGCGUCCGCUGUACGCUUCGGCCUCCAUGCCUUCUUUCUUUUAUGCACGCCCGCUGAGCGCUUCGGCCUCCGUGCCUUCUCUUCUGCAUCCGCAGUACGCUUUGGCUUCUCAGCCACCACCUCUUGCAUCCGCUGCACGCUGUCGCUCUACAUUUAUUUCCUUUUUCUAUGACUCUAACAUAUAUUUCUAACUAAUUCUCUUAUUAGUUUUGGUUAGGGUGGUUGGUUGGCAUUGAAUAUUCGGUCUUGCAUUGGAUAAGGCAGUUAGCCUUGGUUACCCUUUGCGAGUUGGAUCCCGGAUGUUUAC